AAAGAGAGUUGAAGAAUAGGCCUGUUUCCUCUCUGUUUCUUACAUACCAUUAUUGCAAUGAUACCUAUUUUACAGUUGAUAAAGAUUGAAAGUGCAAUAGAGUUGUAAAUGUAAAAGUACAUCAACCAUAAAGGCUAGCAAUUAUUUCUUGAAAGCUACUAAUCAUCAUAUAUGUGUAGUUCAGAGAGGGAGAAAAGGUUGAAGAAGAAAACAUGCUAAGCUAAGCCAUUUCCUUCAUAUCAUCUGUUGCUUUCCUUUGUAUUGUCUGAAGAGAUUCAGACAGCGAAAGGAGAGAAAUGGGGAAAACAGGGCGAUGGCUAAGAAACAUCUUGACCGGGAAGAAAGAAAAGGUGAAAGAGAAAGAAAAGGAGCAAACCGAGCACCGCCCCCAAACUCCCACCACCCCAAAGGAGAAGCGCCGCUGGAGCUUCCGCCGCUCCUCCGCCACAGCCCCUCCCAAGCCCGUAGAUAUCCACAUCGAAACCGAACCCUCGCCCGCCCCGGCCUCCCUUCAUAAGGCCGCCGCGGCUACCAAGAUCCAAGCUGUUUUUCGCGCGUAUUUGGCAAGAAAAGCUCUGAAUGCGUUGAAAGGAUUGGUGAAGCUGCAGGCCUUGGUGAGAGGCCAUUUGGUGAGGAAGCAAGCCACGGCCACGCUGCGGUGUAUGCAGGCCUUGGUCGCGGUGCAGGCCCGAGCCCGAGCCCACCGCUUGAAUCACACAAAAUCCACCCAUGAAAAUUUGUUUAGGCAUUCCAAUCAAGAUUUGGGGGCGGAGGAGAAUGUGAAGAUCGUGGAGAUGGAUCUAGGCGAGUACAAGGCGGCAACAAGAGGCCGAAACAGCUACUCGCAACAAGAGACGGCUGAGGAGUACUCGUUGGAGAGCAGUCCGCAGUGCUACUCAGCCGUGGUGUCGAAAGCCGACCGCGCCAGGCUCCCAUUCUCGUACCCGAAAGCAGAGUCCGUCUACAACGACUACCCCAACUACAUGGCCAAUACGCAGUCGUCCAGGGCUAAAGUCCGGUCCCACAGCGCCCCAAAGCAGCGGCCUCCCGAGAUGCUCCUAGACAGGCGCCGUCCCUCCAUAGAGGGAUGGAACGUGCCUAGGGCGGUCCGGAUGCAGAGGUCGUCCUCCCACGUCGUCGCGCACUAUCCUUGGUCAGUCAAGCUUGAUAGAUCAGCUGUUUCGCUCAAGGAGAGUGAGUGUGGAUCAUCUACCACUCUGCUUUCUAAUAACACCAACUACUGUAGAUCCUUGGUUGGAUUUGAGGUGCAAGGAGGGAGGUUUUGAACUGCUGACAGAGGAGGAGUAAUUAAUCAUCAGACUUGACAUAUAGUGUAACGUGUUUGAUUUUGUUUUGGUUUAACUUUUUUUCUUGGUUUCGAGAUUUUGAUCAUAUUUCUUGGUUCCAAGAUUUGUAAUUUCCAUUCUAGUGUAAACAGUUUGCUUAAUCUGUUGAUAUAUGUUAAUGUGGAGCAGUUAAUUGCA